AUGCCAGGUCCCAUCCCUGCCCCUGACAGCCAGGGCCCCCGGCUGACCUCACCACCAUGGGGCGAGCUCUCCGCAGCCAGGAUAUUAGCAAGCACAGAUCCAGGCGAACCCAGCAGUGGGAUGAGGGACCUCUGGGAGACUGAUCAGAGCCAUGGCUCCAGUCCCUUUGAAGAGAAUAAAUCUAAAUUACAGGACAUAAUACCUCAGCCCCUGCUAGAUCAGUACGUGUCCAUGACUGACCCAGCUCGGGUGCAGACCGUCAAUACCAACAUAGCCAAACACUGCGCCUGCAGCCUCCCCGGGGGUGGCACUCACCCUGGGCCGGCAGAAUUGGCACUGCCUGAAAGAUACGCACAAGACGCUGGCCUCCGACGUGCAGGUAAAAGGAGCCUUUGCAGAGGCUGGCACAGAACAGCUAAUUAG